AUGAAAGCACAUUCUCCACCAAAGCGCGGGGCGGCUGAGCUUCUGGGCCCCACCACACCUACACAUCGCCGCCCAAGCCGGAAAAUCUCCAACACGAGUGAAUUGGACCAUCUCUGCACACCGACUAUGCCACAAUCUAGCACAGAGCCUGCUGAAGCCGAUCCACACCUUGCAGACGACGUGAACUGUCUGAUACUGGACUACCUGGCGUGUCUUGCAAUCUCGAAGACUCUGUCCACAGCCGAAAGAGAUUACGAUGCUGACACGGCAGAAGAUGUGGACUGGGCCGUGAGACCCCUGAAAGCCCUCGAGUCCAUGAUACCGAAAAACGCACUCCCCAUAGACCUGAGCAUCAAAUUGCGCGUGCUGCAAGUAGCGAAUGCGAUCCAGUCCCACAGACCCCAAUCUGGCAAAGAGCCCCAAUCAUCGCCGUCCUUGGCCAGGAUCGGGGUUGAUUUCAUGGACCUUUGCCUUGCUGCGGUCUCUAAAAUUUCCGAGACCAGAUGGCUCGAAACUGGCGCCCUGUUUGUGCUCCAAGUCACAAUAGAAGAACAGUCCGAAGAAAUCGCAUCAUCGCAAGACCUCAUCGACCUCCGCUCAUGGUCCGGUAACGACUCGACCUGGAACGAAAGGUGGACACAAACCUGGCGAGCCUAUUUAAAUGAGCUGCCCCAAUCCACUGAGCACAACGACAAUGCAAAAGAGGCACUACAGCGACAGUUUUCCUUUCGCCAAUUCAAAGCAGUAGUGCUCAAGUUCCUCCUCGACCUCAUGACUACUCUUGAACCCCCGAUUCUCAUCCAGCUCGAGCGCGGGAAGCUCGGAACCUUGAGUCAUGCCGAGACCCAAAAUUUCCUGGACCGGGUUGGACUAUGCUGA